AUGGGCCCUGACGUCUGGCUGGCCAGGAACCCCAGUGGUCAGGGAGACGCCGUGAGUCCGCGACAGUCGGGAACGACCAGUGACAGACGGCUAAUGAACGGCCUCCGCCCAGCAGCAUUCAACCCUUGGGGCCUCGACGAGUCUUUCUCUCCACCGUAUAAUGGGCCUGGAGUGUCUGGCCUGUCUUGGUCCCUAGGCCUUCUGGAGCUUUUGCAAGGUCCCAGGCCAGCUCUCUUCCACUCAGUGGCGGGGCAGGCAGGUAUCUUAUGUUUCCACUCCCGCUCCCACACUCCCGUUUCCUCCCACCCGACCUCUCCAGCCAAGGCCCAGCGCCAGUCCCUCCGUCCAACCCCUCACAACCCUCAUCCAUCCUCGUCGUCGCUGGCCCUACCAGACCACCUGACCGGCGGCAACCCUGCUCUUUGCUGCUACCUUGAUCCGGGUUAUCCAUCCCGUCCCGUAAUGUCAGCGCCUGGCUGCCGCCGCCGCGCUGACGAGUUGUACCGCUUGCUCUGGGUACUUCGCGUUUCCCCGACUCUAUGCUUGCUUCUCAGGGUCUACGGUUCCCGCAUCGUCGACCUGGGUACCUCAGUAAUACUCAUUGCUGCUGCAAAGCAAAACCUCACUCUCGCUUUCAGUCUCAGUCUCAGUCUUUCUCUUAUUACAGUCUCACUCACUCAACUACACUACGCUCAUUCACUGUCCAUUAUCAACUUUACCAGCGUCGACACUCCAGCCUGGCCUGGAGUUGCUGCCUCGCACACCCAUACUCCUUCCCUCCACACCUCUUUUCCUACCUGCCUUGGGUGUCUGCCUUACCUCACACCUCACCUAAGCUCUGCCUUUGCCUCACCUCACCUUACUCACCUUCCUAUUGCUUACCUGGUACCGGUGCACAUACCUCGCAUUUUCCUUCCCCCUUCUACCUUACUCAACCCCCAGACUCUCUUCUCCAGACCAAACUCCUUCUUUCCUUGCCCUAUUUUGCCCGACCGACAACUAUCGUCAACGAGGUUUCAACGAGUCGUUGUCGCGCCUAGUCUUCUGGUCGGAAACGUCGCUCGCUUCCAUUCGUUUUCUGUCCUCCGCAUCGUCGUCGCCCGCCGCCCUCUGUCCCCGGUCAACGCUGCCCGAAUACACCUGGGUCAUUUCACCUACACGGACGCUCUUCGUCACCUCACUCGCUCGCCCCUGUUCCCCUUCCUACUCACACUUGGGUCGGAACUUCUUCAUGACAUCAACAGCAGGGCUUUUGCAACACAAGACAAGGAGGACUUCCAGAGACGGUCUCUAGGAGCGCUUCACUCGACAAAGGAAUAUUUGCGCGCCAAAAGAAGCCCACGGCCAAUCACCGCCUGCGCGUCGCAUCUCAUCCUAGCGCAUGCUCACACCCAAUACCUUUCAAGCGACUCGAUCCUGUGCCAAAACACCACCAGGCGACCAAGCGACCAACCGAUUGACCUGCAGAUCGAAGACCGACUGCACUGA